CCAGCAAGUAAGCUGGCUGGAGUGAAUCUCGGGCUUUAUAACAUUCCGGGCAUAAAUCUCUCGGUACAUAUGAACAUGAGGAAGACUUUUUGACAUGAUUUCCACCUCGAGACGGAGCUUCUCGGAACACGAGAGGACUCUGGCUAUGGGAAGAGUGAAUGCCAUCCGGAAAACCGUUCGAAUAACUGUGAACAGAGAUAGCCCAUGCUCAUCCAUGAUUUAAGUUCCUGGCUGGUAGAAAACCAGCAGGGUGAAGAGCUUUUUCAGGAACUGAAGGUCAUCCUCAAGAAAUUUUGUAUAGUCAGCUCAAAAGGGUGUAUGUCGAGUCGAGAGGAGGUGUCAGGAGGCGCCCUUCUUGAUUUCUCAUCCACGACGCGAUCAUUAUGGUGACGGCAUUUUGAUGCGGGCCAAGAGAUGCAGCACCGUGCACGUAUCAGUACAGAACGGUGGUGUUUCGAACAUCUGGUCCUCGUUUGACAGGUCUCGUGGGGGACAUUCUGUGAACCAGCGUCCACUUCUAAUGAGUUUUUCUUCUCAGAAGCAUGCCUGCUUCGAUAAUGAUGACUAGUGAGGAGCUCUUCGAAAAGGUUGUGGAAGUUACGCCCGAGAUUGAAUGGCGAAAUGCUCAGCGGGCCGAAUCUAUAAACGGAGACUUCGACAUCAUUGACUCGGCAAGAGCAGAGCUGCGCUUUCUAAAGCUGGUAGAUUGUACCCCAGCAUUGCAGGAUUCGGAAGUCCUCGAACGAGCAGUUGACAGAUAUUUCGAACAGUGGUUGCCUUUGGUCAAUGAGUUCAUCGACAGCCCUGAUAGUGCACAUUCGCUCAACUGCUACUUGUUACCACCACUAGAUUGUGCGUGCAUUUGGCACUGCCACAAGCUUAAUCCUGUGCAGUACGUCAAUGACUGUCAGCACAUUUUCGGCAAACUGCUAGAUGUGAAAGCCUUGCCCGGUAAGGAGCCAUCUGAUUCUGAGCUUCGAAAGUACGCAGAUAGACAAUCAAUCAAGAGGUGGGAGACUGCUUAUCCCGAUGAGCCAUACCACUUCGUCCAACCCUUCGAAGAUGGAAACAGUCCUGAAUUUCAGGAGCUGUUAAACAAUAAACGCUCGAAUCGAAUAAAUCCAGGACGCUUACGUUACGACUUGAUAGCUGCAGCCCAAAGACAAUUUCCAUUCUACUAUCAGGUCAGCGCAAAAUGGUUUUGGGACAGGAGAUUUUUGGGAACAGCUCUCCAGAGGUACAAGGGCUUCCUGUACCUCAUCAAGAAAAGCCAAGAAAAACCAGCAGAAAAUGGGCAGAGACCCUUCUUCGUCCCAACCUACGACAUCGAUCUUCUCUGGCAUACUCAUCAGCUUUCACCAUCUUCCUACGCCAGCGACAUGAAACUCUUCCUUGGCAGAUUGCUGGAACAUGACGAUACCGUCAACGACCGGACCCCAGGGCAGAAGCUCAGUAACGGCUUCGCUGACACAUGUGAGACCUGGUUCCGGACCUUUGGCAGAGUCUAUGAGCAGGCCGGAGGCAUGUACAGAGGUCCAGCUCCUAUUCCAGCUCCUCCCAUACCUCUUCUCAUGGAAGAUGAAGAGAGCAAGCUGCUGUCUUUGACAAAAAAAGGCCGAUGGAACACGGACUCCUUCACCGCCACCUUGAACAUCGAGCGCAGCUCACUGAAACUCGACGACGUGGAUAGCAGAUCAGUUAUGCAGGUUAACUUGGUGCUGCUUGGAGCGAAAAACAUUCCAAGAUCAUCGGAUCUGACGACCGUAAACCAAUGCUACGUCCGUGUGACAGCCCUUGCAAAGUGCCCAAUUCUGGAUGUCAGAACGAGCAUGAAGGAGUUCCAAAGAGUUUACGAUGAGGUGGAAUGGAACGAGGGCUUAAGCUUGGAAGCUGAAUCGAGUACACACGGACUACGGCUGCAGCUCAUGCGCUCGAAGUUUCGUCGUCGAUGCACUGAGAAAAAGCCUCAUGGACAAAUUCGCUGCAUUAGCUGGGGACAUGCCAAGGAAAAGAAAGUGGACCAUGAGUCAGAUAAUCAUGAAGAAACAAUCUUAGAUCCUUUUGGAACUGACGAGAUACUCGGCCAGCUGGACCUUACGUGGCCCGAGCUUUUGAGGGCAAGAACUGGGCUCUCUGACACCAAAUGGUGCCCGGUUUUCUAUGCCAGAACUUCAUCUGGUGCUCAAUCUUCUGGCCCUGUUCCCCACCUUCACUACAGCGUGUCCUUGACACCUCCCAUCUCUGCCCCAAAGCUCUUUCGAUUCGUGCAAUCUCCUGUGACUGACGACAAUUGCCAGAUAGUUGCCCUGCGACUCAGAGAAGCUCCUGGAAAUAAGAAGACAAACACACCUCAAGUCGGUAGAUGGAUCACUAAGAUUGUUGUGAACCAUCUUGGCCAAGAGAUGUUCGUUCUUAGAACGAAAAGCGAGGAGACUCUUCAAAGUUCGGGACCAAGCCCAAUGAUAAGAACAGAAGAUAUGGAGAAAGAUCCAGAGCCCGCGGUGAUCAAUGUUCAUAACGGAGCUUACAAAGACUUCAAACAAGGAAAGAUACUGGGCUCUGCUCUGCAGCUCAAGAAGUCAGAUAACCAGGACAUCCAACAAUGGUCAUUGUUCGAAGACGCAGCAAUUCUUGCUGUUCAUAGACCAAUGUUAAACAGGGCGCUAAAAGUAAAAAUAUAUGGCGAGUGUGGACCAUAUCGGAUGAGGUUAAUACCAGGUGCAAGGUUGCAAUUCGAGGAAACCAAUGAUAUGCAGAUGACAUCCACCCUGACUUUGGUCCGGUACACCCCAGACUCUCCAUUGGGUCUGGCGACUGCUCUAAUCAAUUUGAAGGCAGGCUCAAUCGCGGUCAUGCCGGGCGAGAGUGUGGUGCUGGCGCUUUUGAUCAGUGCUGCCACAUAUCGGUCACUUUACGAUUUCGACUCUAAGCACGCCAUUGACCCGACCAUAAAUUGGCGAGUCCAAAACACUACUUUGCCAAAACUCGGUACAACGAAUGGAGGCAACAUGGGAGCUGUUGUUCUGCACAACAUUGGGCUUUCUAGUCGCUGGAAUAUGAUCUACCCCAGAGAAGAGCGGCCAAAACUUUUAUACGAAAGGUGGCACACCAAUACCGGACAUGAUAUGGCUGGCACUCUGUGUUCAGCUGCGAGCUGUUCGGGUACUACUUGCGGUGGAAAUACGUGUGGAGUGGUGAGUGGUUCUGCAUGUGGACCAGGUAGUCAACACGGUAGUCAACACGGAGGUGUCGAAAGUAUUGGACGUAGGAGUGUUGGCUUUGGUGAUGAUGGCCGUGGUUGAUAAUUCCUUGGAGACGACGACAUUGACCAGACUUGAGCUCCUGAUCGUAAUGGUCCCUGCCCGGUACUCGGAUAGCAGCUACCUACUUUGUGAACUAAUGAUGCAAGGUACAUAGCUGUGAUUGACUGAAUCUUCAAAAGGUAUAUACAGAUUGAAAAUAUGGCAAUGGUCAGAAGAUUAACACUUAGCAAUUUCCAUGGCACGAUACCGAUCGUAUUGAUUAACUGGGAACUAAGAGAAAGUUAGAUCACCCGUGACUGGUUUCUUAAAAGCUGGUUUCAACAACUGUAUGUGAUAUAUGUAUAAAUGCCCCUCACUGCUUUGUACAAUCUAAUCACUUGGAUCUAUAUAUUUUGCUUUCGCCUUUACUUUACGAGAUGUCAAUAUACGAGGUACUUGUAGUUAUAACAGAAACAAAAAUGAAUAAAUAGUUCCCACCUCAAUCCAGUCAUUGACAGGAAAGUUGACUAUCGAUGAGAAGUAUUUUAGAUUAGUAUUGUAAAAAUUGCUAGUGAUUUGAUUUAGGACUCAAAAUGUUUCAAUCUGUAGGAUCAUUCCUCUCUUUCAAGGCAGAUCUC